CGUUAAUAUUCCAAAAGUCUAAGGUUUGGUUUGCAAAUCUAACAGCAAAUUGCAACUCACUCUCAAGAACCCUCAUAUUCUGAAAAAAAAACCAAGCUUUUAUCAAACACAAUUCCAAAAUACACCUGACAAAUUGAUCAAUCAUCAUCAUCAUCAUCCCCGAGCUCAAUUCUUGAAUCCCAAACAGUUCUCUCUCUAUAUUCCUUCAUGCCACCACCAACUAUAUAUCUACUCCUCAUAUUCUCUCUCCUUAUUCCGCCGCAUCCAACCACCGCCGAUCAAUCAUUCAUCUCAUCGCUCAUAACUCAAAACGGCCUCGAUUUCGUCAAGAAUUUACUCAUUUCGAAAGCGAUUCCUACACUCACAUCCACUCGGAUACCCAAAAUCGAAAAGACUGUUAGAAUCCCUGUAAUUGGUAAAGUGCAUAUCGUUCUAUCAGACAUCACUAUUAAUCGGGUCAAUGUCGGGUUAUCGAAUAUCAAACCCGAUGCCACCGGUGUUACAAUUUUCGGGUCGGAUGUGACAUGCGAUUUGAGUACGAAAUGGCAUUAUGCUUAUGGCACUUGGGUUGGCCCAAUUUCGAUUUCGGAUAGUGGAACUGCUCGUGUUAAGGUUAUUGGCAUGGAAACGAGUAUAAAGCUAGGGUUACAUAAUCAAGAAGGAUCUUUAAAUCUUUUUGUCAUGGAAUGUAAUUGUCAUAUGAACGAUAUCUCUAUAGACCUAAAUGGAGGUGCAUCUUGGCUCUAUCAAGGGGUUGUGGAUGCUUUUGAAGAACCAAUAAGGUCGGAAGUCUCAAAGGAAAUUAUCAAGAAACUAAAGGCGGGAGUUUUAAAGCUUGGAUCAGUUGUGCAAUCUCUUCCAAAACUAAUUUCGGUUGAUAAUAUUGCCUCGUUGAAUACUACAUUUGUUAACGACCCUUUUUUGAGUGACAAUUCAUUAGGGUUUGGGAUAAAUGGGUUAUUUGUAGACUCUAGAAAAGGAAAUUAUUUAUAUGGGAAAAAGUUGCAACCACCGGUUUCUUGUUCGGAUCCUCAAAAAAUGGUUGGAAUUGUGUUAGAUGAAGCAGUUUUCAACUCGGGAUUUGCGUUGUACUACAAUGCUAUAUUUAUGCGAUGGAUUGUGGAUAAAGUCCCCGAACAAAAUCUUUUAAACACAGCAGGAUGGAGAUUUGUAGUCCCUCAACUUUACAAAAAAUACCCAAAUGCAGAUAUGAACUUGGAAAUCUCUCUUUCUGAUCCUCCAAUUAUGCAUGUAUCAAGCCAAAUUAUCGAUGCAACCGUUUAUGCUGAUUUGAUCAUUGAUGUUCUUCAACUAGAUGACAGGAUACCCGUUGCUUGUAUUUCAUUGGAAAUGGCGGGUGUGGGUUCGGUGCAAAUUACCAAAAAUAACCUUACGGGUCAUUUGAAACUAGAUGAUUUCACCAUGUCAUUGAAAUGGAGCAAGAUUGGAACCUUGCACAUGUUUCUAAUUCAGCCUGUGAUGUGGACGAUUAUUGAAACGGUUUUUGUGCCUUACAUAAAUGCACGCCUUGGAACGGGAUUUCCUUUGCCUAUAUUUCGUGGGAUUAACCUUCAAAAUGCUGAGAUAUUAUUCAAGGAUUCAAGAAUCACAAUUUGUAGCGACUUCAGUUAUAAAGAACCUUUUGAUCCUAGCCAUACACUUGUUUACACUUCGUAGAUCAUGAAGGGAGAUUCAUCUUGUAUAAUGUUGUAUUAUAUAUGUAUAGUUGUUGAGACCUCGUUUAUGAUUUGAUCUUGUUUGUGAAUUUAACUCUUUUGAAUUAUGAAUACAUGAUUUUCAACCAAUUGUACAUACAAGGUGAUUUGAGCGUAG